AUGAACUGCUUUAUGAAGAACCACCUCAUGUUAAUCCAUGAGGAGGAGCAAGACAUCAUCUUGGUGAUCCAGCAGCACCUGCAGGGCAGAGCUGAGGCUCUGCACAACCGCCAUUUGCGGAGCCUGGAUACCAUCCUCAGGGGCUGCCUAACAGAGACCCCCACCGUGGAGAAGCUGCAGCACCUCCUGGAGCACAUCCAUCGCUCUCUCCUGGCAAAAAACACCCAGGAGAGAGCCAGGGCCGUCCAGACCAGCGCGGCCCUGCUCCAGUUUGCUACCUCCCUGCCUGGAUUUGACACCUCCUCCACCUUCUCCAAGGCAGGUGAAUUUGUGCUGCAGCUGGGUCUCUGUGCAUACCACCCAGCCAGUGACAUCAGUCGGCAUGCCAAGGGUGGGAUCUCUUGGCUGCACAAGCUCCUGCUCCAGAAGAGGGGGCUCAACACCAGGAAGGCAGCAGACCUGUGGUGCCAGGACGGGCUCCAUGACCCCAAGCACCUGGGAUAUAGAAAUCUGGCCAGGGUGGGAGAGGUCUUCGGAGAAAUAUUCACCGAAGACCAGAAGAGGAGUUUCCUCCAGGCGGGCCUGCUGGCCAUCCACCACCCCCACAACCGCAUCAGCCAUGCUGGCCUGGUGCUGACGUAUUCCAUCGUGGGGGAAGCCGGCCAGCUGCUAGAGGACGAGGGGGAAAUUACAAACAAAAUCAUGGGACAGCUAUUUAAUAUCAGGCUCAUGGGCAAGCUGCCCGACGCCCUGCAGGAGCUGUGCUCCGUGGGGCAGGAUUGAAGGCCCCCCCCCCUCGCAUGACCAGCUCGGACCCCCUGCCGCAGCCUUGCUCCAGGCCCUCCACCCACCCGCUGCACAGCAUUGCCUCCUCCUCCUCCUGAUCUUCCCCAACACCUUCAGUUUCAACUACAUGGCUUCGACCUCUGCAUGGAUAUGGACAUUGGUUCAUACUUCUGCCCACCCGGCUUCGACCUCCGGCCUGGACAUUGACACUGGCUCCGGUUCUGCCUGCACAUACUCAACACCUGGCAGCAGUAGACAGGCCCCAUGUAGUGAGGCGGCCUGGCUCCCAGGCGCAC